GAUAACACAAGGUUUAUCAGCUCUAGUGCAACAAGUCGGAAUUAUUUAAUUUCUUGUAUUCGUUUUUGUUUUAGUCAAUUAUAUUAAUUGAUUUUAAGUUUAAAGUGUCGAAAUAAAUUCACAUAAAUACUGCUAGUAAUGUCGGCAACGAGACUUCUGAGUGCCAUUGGCCAAGUUUCUCGGCAUCAAUUAUUGCAAAAUCGCUGUGCUAGAGCUUUUCCCGCAGCCGCUGCCCAACUAUAUCGCCAGCAAUCACCACGUCUAAUGUCCACCCAAACCGCUGCCAAUCCCUCACCAGCAGCAGCAGCUGGAGCCAACAAGCAUUUGCAUACCAAAGUGGUCAAUGGAGUGCUGGUGAUUAAAUUCGAUUCACCCAAUGUCAAGGUUAACUCUUUGGGUUCCGAAGUAAGCGAUGAAUUCGAGCGUGUCAUCAAGGAUCUGGAGACAAAUCCUAGUGUCAAUUCGGCGGUAUUGAUCUCCGGCAAGCCAGGAUGCUUUGUUGCUGGCGCUGAUAUUGGCAUGCUGGAAGCCUGCCAGACAGCCGAAGAGGCCACCCUCAUCUCACAUGGUGCCCAAUUAAUGUUCGAGCGGAUGGAGCGUAGCCGCAAACCCAUUGUGGCUGCCAUCAAUGGUGUUUGUCUUGGCGGUGGUCUGGAAUUGGCUUUAGCCUGUCAUUAUCGCAUUGCCACCAAGGAUAACAAAACAAAAUUGGGUCUCCCGGAGGUGAUGUUGGGUCUAUUGCCUGGCGGCGGUGGCACUGUUCGUUUGCCCAAGUUGACAUCCGUUCCCACCGCCUUGGACUUGGAAUUGACUGGCAAACAAGUGCGUGCCGAUCGUGCCAAACGUUUGGGCAUUGUUGAUCUUCUCGUGGAUCCUUUAGGUCCUGGUCUACAGCCAGCAGAACAGAAUACCAUUGAGUAUCUGGAAAAGACUGCUGUGAAAGUGGCCCAAGAUUUGGCCAGUGGCAAAUUGCGUGUCAAUCGUGAAAAAUCUGGUUUGGUCAAUAAACUACAGGCUCUGGUCAUGGAUACCGAUUUUGUGAAGAACAAAAUAUUCGAUACCGCCCGCAAGCAAGUCAUGAAGGCUUCAGGUGGCCUCUAUCCAGCACCCCUUAAGAUUCUGGAUGUCAUUCGCGCUGGCGUGGAUAAGGGCCAGGAGGCUGGUUACGAGGCAGAACGUAAAGGUUUUGGUGCCCUCUCUGCCACACCCGAGUCCAAAGGUUUAAUUUCUCUAUUCCGUGGUCAGACUGAAUGUAAAAAGAAUCGCUUUGGCAAGCCACAGCAAGCUGUAAAAACUGUUGGCGUUCUGGGUGCCGGAUUGAUGGGUGCCGGCAUUGUUCAGGUCUCUGUGGACAAAGGCUACAAGGUGGUAAUGAAAGAUGCCACCGAUGCAGGUCUUGGUCGUGGCAUUGGACAGGUCCAGAAAGGACUGGAGACUGCUGUGAAACGCAAACGCAUCUCGGCUUUGGAACGUGAUCAAACUCUAGCCCAACUGGUUCCCACCCUCGAUUACAAUGACUUUAAAAACGCGGACAUUGUAAUCGAAGCUGUAUUCGAAAAUAUUGAUAUUAAACAUCGUGUGAUCAAGGAGCUGGAGGCUGUUGUCCCGGCACAUUGUGUUAUUGCCACCAAUACGAGCGCAAUUCCCAUUACCAAAAUUGCUGCCGGAAGCUCCCGCCCAGAGAAAGUUGUGGGCAUGCAUUAUUUCUCGCCAGUCGAUAAGAUGCAAUUGCUUGAAAUUAUCACACAUCCCGGCACCUCAAAGGACACAGUGGCUCAGGCAGUAGCCGUUGGUCUGAAGCAAGGCAAGGUUGUGAUCACAGUGGGUGAUGGACCAGGUUUCUAUACCACACGUAUCCUGGCCACCAUGCUGUCAGAGGCGAUAAGACUGCUGCAAGAAGGCGUUGAUCCAAAGGAAUUGGAUCAGUACACCAAAAAGUUCGGUUUCCCUGUGGGUGCUGCCACACUUGCGGAUGAGGUUGGCAUUGAUGUUGGCUCUCACAUUGCUGUCGAUUUGGCCAAGGCAUUUGGCGACCGUUUCAGUGGUGGCAAUUUGGAAGUCAUGCAGGAUUUGGUUCUUGCCGGUUUCUUGGGACGCAAAUCGGGCAAAGGCAUCUUCCUCUACGAUGGCCAAUCCAAGGGUGGCCGUCCUGUAAACACAUCCGCCGUUGAGAUUGUCAAGCAAAAGUAUAGCCUGGUCUCUAAGGGUGCCAAUACACCCGAGGAUCUGACCCUGCGCAUGGUUUCACGUUUCAUCAACGAAGCCGUACUCUGUCUGGAGGAGAAGAUUCUCGAUAGUCCACUGGAGGGAGAUGUUGGUGCCGUUUUCGGUCUCGGUUUCCCACCAUUCUCGGGCGGUCCCUUCCGCUGGGUUGAUCAAUACGGUGCUGGUAAAUUGGUCAGCAAAAUGCAAUCAUACGCUGACCUCUACGGUGCUCCCUUCAAGCCAGCCCAAACUCUAAUCGAUAUGGCCAAGGAUCCAUCAAAGAAAUUCUAUCCCAAGGCUACAGGUGGUACAUCGAAAUUAUAAAAAAGAAUAACGUACACGAGUUAGUCCAACGAAAUGUUAGUUUUUAAUACAUUUUAGCAUUGUGCAUUUUCCUCUGUCAACAAAUAAUGGACCUGGUCCUCCCUAUGAUAUUUGUAAUUGUUGACUGAUAUUUGCUUAACGAGUUUAUCAAAUAAAUUGUAUCAUUUAAUAUUUUUUCAUAAA